AAACGUUCAUUUUUUUCACGAUUCAUUUCAACUCUUCAAAGUUAACAAUUUCGAACUUCUAAAAAAGAAGCUAUGAAAAGAGAUAGUACUGGGACUGCCAUAAUUGAUGUCAAGAAAGAUGUGCCAAAUAGUCAUAACACGCUGUAUAGUCUGUCACCAAGCGUACAGAUUCUAAGUGAAAACCUCACAUCAGUAUCCGGAUACCAGGUGGUUGAGGUGCAGAACGGCGAUGAGAUCCAAGAUUUGGGGACGGCCGAUGGUCUAGCCUACAUACCGAUAACUACGCAUGACAUUAAAAAUGAAAAUAAUAUCAAUGAAAAUUCAGAUGACAAUGGGCCUUUAUACUUUCUGCUACCAAAUGGAACAGCAGUCCUCAAUAGCAACAUUUUGUCCCCAGUAGCAACGACAGCAGCUGCACCACCUACAGUUAGCCUACAACCACAAACGCCACCACAACAAAGGGCAACAACAUCGCUGUUAGCCACAAAUAAUAUUGCAUCAACGUCAUCAUCGUCCAGUACGAGAGUCAUCAAAUUUAUCAGGCCAUCCAUCGAACAGCAGCCUGAGCGGGUGCCAAUCAUGAUUGUUCCUAAAGAUUCCAAAAGAAAAGCUACUCAUAAUGAGGUUGAGAGGCGUCGAAGAGACAAGAUAACAACGUGGAUUGUGCAGCUGGGUAGCAUGCUACCCGCUUCACUUAGCGAAAAACAAAAUGACAGCAAAGGUGAUAUAUUAUCAAAGGUCUGUGAGUUUAUACAGGAGUUGCAAGCAAAGAAUCAACAAUUGAAGGAAUCUAUGGAGCAUCUGAUCUUCAUUAAGCAGGCCUUGGAAGAAACGUCACACGCGUACGCAGAAGCACUGAUGGAAAACAGCUCCAUCAAGUCCAAAUUCAGCGAACUGGGAUUCAGCUGCGAGGUUCGAGUAGUCAAUGAAAAUAUGUUGAUCUGUCCUGAAGAUGGCGAUAAUGACGUCAUCAGCGCUGACAAUAAUAACAACAAUGAUGACACCAACUACCACAACCACAACGUUAAUGACAGCAACUACAGCAGCCACAAUGACAUCAACUACAACGACCACAACAAUGUUGAGGUUGAUGAUGUUAAUGAAACUGCAAAUGACAGUAACAAUAAUUACAUUAAUGUAUUAGUUCAGACGGCAAAUAAUGUUGAAAAUGCUAUGUAAAUAUUCCUGUGUGUGUGUGUGUGUGUUAUAUAUGUAUUCAUGUGCGUGUUUGUGUAUAUAUACAACUUGUUAUUUUGUACAAUGAAACUUGACAAUUGUGAAAUUUUAAACAAUAUCUUAUGCCUAAUGACCUUAAAUUAAGAUAUAUAUAUAUAUAUAUAUAUGUAUAUAUAUAUAAUACAUAUAUAUUGCAUUGUAUAUAUUGUAUGAUAUAUAUAUAUAUAUACAUUUUGAAUAUGUAUAUAUAAUGGUCUCUUUAUAAAAUUUUCAAAUGUCGUUUUGGUUAAUUGACAUUUAGUUUCAAACUGGUUUUAUUUCCUAUUUCUUUUCAAAAUGUGCCUGAAAUUUUUACAAUUGAUUAUAAUUAAUUAAUUGAUUGAUUUGAUUAAUUGGUUAUUUAUGAUUUAAUCUUCAAUUUAUUUAGUAAUUGAAUUUUUUUCUUCUGCAAAAGAAUAGCAGU